AUGGUAAUAAGUCACACUCUCUAAUUAACAUCACUAAUGACCUGUAAUAGAUCUGCCUGACGCCCAGCAUAUGUGUUCUGUGUGUGUGUGUGUUCUCUCUGUGUGUGUGUGUUCUCUGGGUGUGUGUUUCUAUUGGGUGUGUGUGUGUUAUCGUGUGUGUGUGUGUGUUUUUGUGUGUGUGUGUGUGUUUAUGGGUGUGUUGUUGUCUGGUGUGUGUGUUUCUGUGUGUGUGGUGUUUUUUGAUUGGUGUGUGUGUUUGUGUGUGUGUGUGUGUGUGUGUUCUAUGUGGUGUGUGUUUAGGGAGUGUGUGGUUUAUGUGUGUGUGUGUGUUUAUGUGUGUGUGGUGUUGUGUGUGUGUGUUGGUGUGUGUGUGUGUUUUUGUGUGUGUGGUGUUUCUUGUGGGGGUGUGUGUUAUAUGGUGUUGUUGUGGUGUGUGUUAUAUGUGUGGUGUGUUUAUGUGUGUGUGUGUGUGGUGGUGUGGUUAUAUGUGGUGUGUGUGUGUUGUGGUGUGUGUUUAUGUGUGUGUUUGGUGUGUUAUAUGUGUGUGGGUGUUAUUGUGUGUGGUCUUGUGGUGUUAUGUGUGUGUGUCUAUGGUGUGUGUGUUCUAUGGGUGUGUGUUAUAUGUGUGUGUGUGUGUAUUCGUGUGUGUGUGUUUUGUGGGUGUGUGUGCUCGUGGGGUGUGUAUAUGGUGUGUGUGUUAUAUGUGUGUGUGGUGGUUGCUUGGUGUGUGUGUUAUAUGUGUGGUGUGUUUAAGGUGUGUUGUGGUUUAUGUUGUUGUGUGUGUUGUGUGGGGUGUGUGUGUUAUGGUGUGUGUGUGUUAUGUGGGGUGGUGUAUAUCUGGGUGUGUGUGUGUGUGAUGUGUGGUGUGGUAUGGGUGUGUGUGUUCCUGGGGGUGUGUUUUCGGGUGUUGUGUUACUUGGGUGGGGUGUGGUUGUGGGUUUUGGGGUGUGGUUUAUUUGUAUCUAUGAGAGCUGGUUAGUGUUUCUGUGGGGCGUCAGAGUUUGUUAUCUCUCAUUCAUUAUGCUUACUCUCCGCUUUCUCUCUCCUCUCUCUCCUCUCUCUCUCCUCUCUCUCUCUCCUCUCUCUCCUCUCUCUCUCUCUCUCCUCUCUAUCUCCUCUCUCCCCUCCGUAGCUGUAAGAAUAAGCUGUAUCCAGACGAUCUGCCUCGUACCAGUGUAGUGAUCGUGUUCCACAACGAGGCCUGGUCCACUCUGCUGCGGACCGUACGCUCUGUCAUAGACCGCUCCCCCAGGUCUCUGUUGGAGGAGGUAGUUCUGGUGGACGACGCUAGUGAGAGAGGUACACACUGAGAUGCUCUCACCUCACACAUCUCCCUCCCUUUGUGUCUGUCUCUUUAUCCGGGUUUAUCUGGGCUUGUUCCUAAGUGCUGUGUAAGGCUGUGUGUACAAUAUGCGUGUGUGACUGCGUGUCUGUGUGCGGCUGCAUGUUUGCGUCUGUGUGUGCGUAUGUGUGUUUGCAAUUGUGUGUGAGUGCUGUGUCUUGUUUCUCAGCCCAGUGCUGUUAAUCCCUGUUUGGGGCAGAUUAUUAGGUCCCUAAAACCCCGGGAGCAGGAAUUACCCCCAACCCCCCUCUGUUCCCCUCUUGACCCCCUGGGAUAGAGGGAUGGAAGGGAGGAGAGGGGGAAGGGAGAGUGGGUAGGAGUGACAUCCUUUACCUUUGAGAGCAUGCUCUCUGGGAGGGAGAUAUCACUUACCACUCAGACCACACACUCUCUCACUCACCAUAGUCAGGUAUGCAGACAUGUGCACACAAACACACACACACACACACGCACACACACACACACACACACACACACACACACACACACACACACAGAUGAUGGAUUCAUUCCAUCUAUUGGUCUGGUAGUACACUAAGUAUCUGUUUUUGGGCCUGCCUUUGUGUUUGUGUGUGUGUGUGUGUGUGUGUUGUAGACUUCCUGAAGCGUCCGUUGGAGCAGUAUGUAAGGAGGAUGGAGGUUCCAGUCAGAGUGGUGAGGAUGGAACAGAGGUCUGGACUGAUCAGAGCUCGACUGAAAGGAGCCUCUCUCUCCACCGGACAGGUGUGUGUGUGUUUAAGAAUUCUGAAAUGCUGCUCAGAUGCAGCUAUUGUCAGUAGCCUCUCUGUAAGGAGACCAAGAGUAAAGUAUGUGUUUGUUCUCAUGUAGGUGAUCACGUUUCUAGACGCUCACUGUGAGUGCACCAUUGGGUGGCUGGAACCUCUGCUGGCCCGCAUCAAACUCGACAGGUAUGCUACACACCCGCAGGCACACACACGCGUAUAUGGGUGUGCGCACACACACACACCACACACACACACACACACACACACACACACACCACACACUCACGUAGACACACGCUGGGUGCAAUACAUCAAUCAGUAACAGUUUGUUGAGCCUCCAGGGGGCUUGACCUUGUGUAUUUAUUUGAUGCUUAAUUACAAAGCCUCUGUUUACUUAUGCCCUCAGGCUGGUACACACACACGCACGCACACACACACACAGCAGCCGGGCAGAGGGAGAGAGAUAGAGGUUAGAUUGUAUUCCGUGCUACAGCUGUAAAUGGGCUGAGCUGACAGCAGCACUCGGUCCUCUGUAGCUGAAUUGGUAGAGCAUGGCACUUGUAACGCCAGGGAAGUGGGUUCGAUCCCCGGGACCACCCAUACGUAAAAAUGUAUGCACACAUGACUGUAAGUCGCUUUGGAUAAAAGCGUCUGCUAAAUGGCAUAUUAUUAUUAUUAAUUAGGUGUCUUUUGAGUAGUGUAACUUGGUGGAGAAAAAUAAAACAAUGUUUUAUUUCACCUAAUUUUAACAUUCUUCUGUCAUAAAGAGCACAUGUUCAAUAAAAAUGUUAAUAAAAAACAUGUUUUCCCAUCUCAAGAAGUUAAAUAAAAUAAUACUAUAGUAAGUGCCAAAUAAAGGAACAGGGUUGACCGUAACAGGGUUGACCGUAACAGGGUUGAAGACUUCAUCUUAAAUUAGCCAUAAAUCCCCUUGUGACGGGGGGAAUGAAAGCAAGCUUCACUAAAACAUAGAAGUUGUCAAAACAUUUCUAGCCUAUCUGUGGGUAACAGGGUUGACGUGUUAUGCUCUACCCGCUCACUUUUCCACCCCAAAACACCAGAAAAUGGCCAAAAAGAGUAGAACCAGCUCACCUGCAUUUACACUAUGAUCUGACUGUUAGAUGUUCAGUGUUUCUUUUUUCUUUCUUCUUUUUUUAAGGAAUAGUUUCACCAUAUUAAAACGAGAGUUCAGUUCACGUAACAGGGUUGACCUUAACACGAGGGACAGUAUUUAAAAAAAUAUAUGAAUCACUAAUCACAUUAAAUAAAUAAUAAUCUUCAGAAAUGACUUUUUCAAAUCAACAAAGCAACUAGGGCUUUACAAUGACGGUGAAAACUUGGAUAAAUGUUGGGGUUGAUAAGUGCAGAAGCUGUCAUGCCUCUCUCAUUCACAUGUAUUGGCUGUGCCCCAAACUAGAGGGAUUCUGGAAGUCAGUUUUCCAGACGUUCUCAGAAGUGCUGAAUCAGCCUUUCGAACCCAACCCAUUGAUUGCUCUUUUAGGCGUCACCCCAAAAGAGUUGCGUUUAGCGAAACUAUAGCCUUUGCCUCCUUGCUGGCGCUGGUACCUAACCCUUGUAUUAUGAUCCAAGUCUAGAGACCCUUCAUCAUCUAUUCAGUAUUUAUUUAUCUACUUAUCUAAUGACCUCUUAAUUACUAUUAUUUAGUUAUUUUCUAAACACCCAACUUCCCAACUUACUUUCCAGCAUCUAUCUCUCUUUAUGUCUUAUUUUGUAGGGAGGAUGGAGGAAGGGUUGCCCAAUCCAUGGGCAGGUGGGGGAGGGGAGGGGGGGAUACUUGGUAAUGGCGGGAGGGAGGGAGGAUGGGUGGCGGGGGGGGGGGGGGGGGGGCUGGUGUGACAGCCAGGAGGGAUCUCAUUAUCUUCCUGGCAGGUGGAAGCUGGGGAGGUGUAGUUGGGAUGGGAUGGGAGGGUUAGCUGUAUGGGGACCUGGGAUUGUGGGAGGAGGGAGGGAAAGGGGUUCUUCUGGUCUUCCACAACAUUUUUUACUUUUUACACCAUGCUAUGAUUAAACUGUACCAUUGUAUACUUAAGCAAUAAGGCCCAAGAGGGUGUGGUAUAUGGCCAAUAUGCUAUGGCUGUCAGCCAAUCAGCAUUCAGGCCUCAAACCACCCAGUUUAUACUCUGAUGUUUCUCAUGACUGGUAUCAAUAAAACAUUUAAACUGGAUAAAUGUUGGGGUUAAGUAGGUUCAAAUCUUCACAGAGGAUGCACAGAGGGACAUUGAUUGAAGUGUGUGUGUGUGUGUGUGUGUGUGUGUGUGUGUGUGUGUGUACAGCAUGAUAGUAGUGGCAGGAGCAGACAUGAGUUAAGUAUGUUGGUCUUCCUCCACUAGGACACAACACCAGACUCUAGUAACUGCUGUUGUCAACACAGUAGAGGUCUGCAGAUGUUCUGGAUAUUAGGAAUGAUUGAAAUUGAAAUGAUUACGACUCACAAGUCCAAGCAUCUACUCAACACUUUGUCAUUGUGGACCUAAACGUCUUCUUAUGUGGAUCUAAAGGUGUGUAAAUAUGUGUGUUGCAGGAAAACGGUGGUGUGUCCCAUCAUCGACGUGAUCAGUGAUGACACGUUUGAGUACAUGGCUGGUUCUGACAUGACCUACGGAGGCUUCAACUGGAAGCUCAACUUCCGCUGGUACCCCGUACCCCAGAGAGAGAUGGACCGCCGCAAGGGAGACCGCACUCUGCCUGUCAGGUAGUACACAUACACACUACCCAUCUACAGCGCUGGCGUAGAGACUGCGACGUAGGGUAGACUCUCUUCAGCUCCAGUCAGUGAGGAUUGAUUAGUAAUGUCAGCCCUACUCCCAACAUUCUACUGAUUCUAAAUGUAAGGGGCUAGUAGUAGUGGCGUAGCUGGGAUUUAAUUCUAAGUUAUGUUUUCAGUCAAAUACAUGAGCUCAGUGUGGUGUAGCUGUGUUCCUGUGUAGUUGAGGAUGGGGAAACUGGGAACAUUCAGGAAUAAAACCCAGGGUUUGUUUUCGCUUGUCCGUCAUCACCUCUUCCUAUUCGUGUUCCCCACCAGUCCAAUUGGGACUAUCAGAGGCACAUUCAGCGGCCCUGUUUCCAUUCAGAAUCCCUGCUUCCAUCACAACACAGGGAAAGAGACUAGUCUAUUAACUGUUUGUGAGGUGACCUGGCUAAAGUAGUUUAAGUAAAACAACAUGUUCUUGAGUUUAUCUUUAGCCAAGGUGUUUUUCUGUUUUCCCCUGCCUGCGCUGCCGAGGUGUUUUGCUCCUUUUCUGUUCCCAGCUGGCCAACAACAGAAUGUGUGCGACUCCCCACACAGGGCACAGCUCAACAGCUCAGAUCGGGUUCCCACAAUAUGUUUCCCCGGGGGGAUGUGUGCUGUUCUAUUUGUAGUUCCGUGUGGCACUGGCACCAUGUUCCCUGUUGUCUUCCUGCUCAACCUCCUGAAAACAAGUCUUUAGCUCAAUGUUGAAAAUAUCCCUCGUUCUGAGAGACUGACAGGGAGAAAGAGAUGGAUUGAGAUGGAAAAACAGGAAAGAACAUUCUCUGGAGGUCGACUUGAUGUGUUUGUGCCUCUGAAGAUACCAUCUCUAUUGACAAACUUGUGAUCUCUGUCGCAAACAUCCACCAGAAUGUAGUUUUGGAGUGUGUGACUGACUGUUUUCUUCUUUCUACCCCAUCUCCCUCUCUUUCUCUCUCUCUCUCUCUCUCCCCCCCUACCUCUCUCCCUUCCCUCCCGCUCCCUCUCUCCCCCUCUCUCCAGGACUCCUACCAUGGCCGGUGGGUUGUUCUCUAUAGACAGAGAUUAUUUCCAGGAGAUAGGGACGUAUGACGCAGGUAUGGACAUUUGGGGAGGAGAGAACCUGGAGAUCUCCUUUAGAGUGAGUACACGCGCACACACAGGGCACGCACACACAGGGCACGCAAAGACACACACCUACACACAUAGGGCACGCAAAGACACACACCCACACACACAGGGCACGCAAAGACACACACCCACACACAUAGGGCACGCAAAGACACACACCCACACACACAGGGCACGCAAAGACACACACCCACACACAUAGGGCACGCAAAGACAACACACACCCACACACAUAGGGCACGCAAAGACACACACCCACACACAUAGGGCACGCAAAGACACACACCCACACACAUAGGGCACGCAAAGACACACACCCACACACAUAGGGCACGCAAAGACACACACAGGGCACGCAAAGACACACACCCACACACAUAGGGCACGCAAAGACACACACAGGGCACGCAAAGACACACACCCACACACACAGGGCACGCAAAGACACAACACCCACACACACAGGGCACGCAAAGACACACACCCACACAAUAGGGCACGCAAAGACACACACCCACACACCAUAGGGCACGCAAAGACACACACCCACACCUAGGGCACGCAAACACACAGGGCACGCAAAGACACACAAACAAGGGCACGCACACACAAGGCACGCAAAACACACACAACACACACACAGCAACCCAGGCACGCAAAGACACACACAGGGCACGCACACACAGGGCACGCAAAGACACACACACACACACAGGCACGUAGACACAACAGGCACGCAAAGACACCACAGGGCAGCACCACGGCACCAAAGAACACCCCACACACAGGCUAGUUGUAACAUGCAGUUUUUUUUUGGUGUGUGCUUGGUCCUGUAAGUCGCUCUGGAUAAGAGCGUCUGCUAAAUGACUAAAAUGUAAAUGUAAAUGUUGUAGAUCUGGCAGUGCGGGGGGACGUUGGAGAUCGUGACUUGUUCUCAUGUGGGUCACGUGUUCCGGAAGGCCACGCCCUACACGUUUCCAGGGGGAACGGGUCAGAUCAUCAAUAAGAACAACAGACGCCUGGCCGAGGUCUGGAUGGACGAGUUCAAAAACUUCUUCUACAUCAUCUCCCCUGGUGAGUCUGAGUGAGGGGCGAGGGUUGGCGUGUGUGUGUGUGUCUGGGGCAGUUUCAAAACAGCAGCCAGGUAUGUAUGCUCCAUCCAUUAGCAAUGUGACAGUGUGAUGUUGCCGUGGUGACCUGACAAAGCGAGGCGAGGGGUGGGGGCAGAGUAAUUUCACGCUACAAAGCCUUUAUUAACCUUGCCGUCUCACCACUGACACAGACACACACACACACACCCCUGCACAGAUCAGGUAGAGGACAGACAAGAACAAGGACAAACGUUCACCUCUCUUACACUAACAGGAAGUUUAAUGUUCACUGCUUUACCUUACUUUAAUUACAAUCCCUAAUCCAGAGAAGUGGAUAUGAAACACACAAUGAGAAACAUGUUUGUAAGAGUCUUCCAGUCCUUUGGGUAGUUGGUGAUUGUGACCAUGGUGACAUGUGUGUUGUGUGUUUUCCACAACUACAUAGAGUAGCCAGCCAAAUAGAAAAAGUAGCCAGCAAGGCCGAAGUAGCUCUAUUUUGGUGGCCUUUGGUACAUUCUAAUGCCUUGAUUCCAUCUGAAAUACACAGUGAAAUAAUUGAUUACUUUAUUGAGUUUACGUCCUAGAUUAGAAACAUUUGUUGUGGUAUUGUGUAGAAAGACAUGACUUUACAAUUUAAAUUACAAAAAAAUAUAUUUGAAUUCAGUGUAUUAGUUGUUUUGGAUAUUGUCUAGGCCUAUAUGAUGAAGACUUUUCUAAGUAAGAGAACAUUAAACCUUUUUUAGCAUUUAACCUGUUUUCUCUUGAUUAAAGUGUUAUUUACAGUUUUACUGCAAGAUAUGUAUUGCCACAAUGAUGAUUGUUCUUGAAAUGAUGUUUUUCGAUAAAAUAGAAAAAUGAAGUAAAUAGCCCACACUAUCUUGAAAAAUAAAUUAAAGGUUUUGUUUUUCCAGGUUUCCAUUUUUUCACUCUCAAAAUCACAGGUUCUUAAUAGACAAACAACAAAAUUGGAUGUUCUAAAUCCACAACAAUAUUUAAACCACAUCAGGAGAGCACUUUUGAAGUCUGGGAAAAAUCUGAGACUUUCUUUUGGGGGUGUAGUUACCCUUUAAUUCAAGUGCACACCUAGCAAGAGGCUGUUGUUUAGCCAUGUUUUUGUAGCCACAUAUGAUGUUUUUUUAGUUUGAAGAAACAAAUACACACUGGAUUGAUGCAAAUAAUCAUGAUAUCAUUCUGCCAGGUAAGCAUAGGUUACUUUGUAGUUAACAUUUAAUUGAGAAGGUUUUUGGGAAAGCCUUUCUAUCUACCAGAAGACUGUUUUCAUUAGCAUCAUCGCUAACUGCUACACAAAGUGGUAGACUCGUGCACUGCACACACAGACGGGCAUUCUCGUUGCCUCUUGACUUCAGAAAGUUGCAGGAAAUACGAAUCACUGAUGCAUUCUGUUCCUGUCUUAUGAUAAACUUGGGGAAAUUAAUACAUUUUCAAUACAUUUAGUUGAUUUCCUACUAAGGUCAAUACAUCUUUGAAUAUUGUUGAAUUCCGUUUUAAUGCCUGGAUUCCUUGAGGGUCCCACUGAUCAUAUUUGGACCAGAAUGAGACUCUCCACUAUCUAUUGUUCCUUCAGUGAUGAUUCAUCAUCUUCAUCGAAUGUUUUCAAAAUGUAUCUGCAGAUAAUUGCCAAAAAGCCUAGGCCUACCAGUAACCUGUACAAAUUAGGAAACCAAAUGAGCCGAUCUCCAACGAGAUUCGGUAGGCUACAGACUGACGAGAUGAAAGUCACUCACUUUAGCGUCACUUUCUGGCAAGCCCCGACAUCCUAGGAAAGGAAACCUAGGAAAUCCUUUGGUUUCCUUGUCCUGAUGCGAUACCAUGGACAUAUAACCACGUUGCAUGAUUUAUGAAUGGCAAAGGGAUAUAGGAGACUUUAUUCAGUCAGUUCGACACCUUUUAUAAAAUAGUCAUCACUUGCUAUUCAGUUGUCAAUCAACACACAGUAAAUAGCCUAGACCACUCCGCGUGGCUGGCUAUGUGAAAUGCGAAAGAAAAUACAUGAAUGUGUCAGUAAACAAUAAUUAGGUUGUGGAUUUCGACUCAUCGUUACCACUUACAUUACAUGGGACGUGCAAAUUCACAAGCAUCAUGCUCUCUCCCUCCUAGGUGUAAAGAAAUUUGACUGCAACCAGAGAUCUGUAGGCUAUAUAAUGACAAGAUGCUCAUGUCUCCGCCCCAACAAUGGGAGUCGUCGUCCCAAUGGUGGGAAGGCAGGCGAAAAGCUUAGGUCCAAGAUAAUACCAUAGAAACGCAUUGGGCUUAUUUUGGACAGAUUUUGGCGAGUGUGAAACCUCUCGCUUCGCCUCUUCCUCUCUGCUGCAUUUCCCUGUCAUUGCUCGCUUUGUGACUGACAGGUGCCUAUCCUAUAAAUAGAUCACUAGAAGAUGCAUAUUGUUCAUUCUAGCGGGAGAGGGCUCGAUGGACGAGUGAAUUUAAACAUUUAAAUGAAAAGUGGAAAAUGUAGCUGGCUGAAAAUGAGUCUGUAACCGGCUGAUUAGCCGACAGCCGGCGCUAAUGGAAAACACUGUGUUUCAGGUGUGACGAAGGUGGACUAUGGUGACAUCACGUCUCGCUCCUCUCUGAGACAGAAGCUGCAGUGUAAACCUUUCAGCUGGUACCUGGAGAACGUCUAUCCUGACUCCCAGAUACCACGACACUACUACUCACUGGGAGAGGUACACACACGCUAAACACACACUAAACACACACACACACAUUGAAUCAGUGAUAAUUGUUGGUUGUGUGUUGUUCUGUCAGAUCCGUAACGUGGAGACUAACCAGUGUCUGGACAACAUGGCCCGGAAGGAGAACGAGAAAGUUGGCAUCUUCAACUGCCAUGGCAUGGGAGGAAACCAGGUAACUAGAACUGCCAUGGCAUGGGAGGAAACCAGGUAACUAGAACUGCCAUGGCAUGGGAGGAAACCAGGUAACUAGAACUGCCAUGGCAUGGGAGGAAACCAGGUAACUAGAACUGCCAUGGCAUGAGAGGAAACCAGGUAACUAUAACUGCCAUGGCAUGAGAGGAAACCAGGUAACUAGAACUGCCAUGGCAUGGAGGAAACCAGGUAACUAUAACUGCCAUGGCAUGGGAGGAAACCAGGUAACUAGAACUGCCAUGGCAUGGGAGGAAACCAGGUAACUAGAACUGCCAUGGCAUGAGAGGAAACCAGGUAAAAAUAACUGCCAUGGCAUGGGAGGCAACCAGGUAACUAGAACUGCCAUGGCAUGGGAGGCAACCAGGUAACUAGAACUGCCAUGGCAUGGGAGGAAACCAGGUAACUAGAACUGCCAUGGCAUGAGAGGAAACCAGGUAACUAGAACUGCCAUGGCAUGGAAGGAAACCAGGUAACUAGAACUGCCAUGGCAUGGGAGGAAACCAGGUAACUAGAACUGCCAUGGCAUGGGAGGCAACCAGGUAACUAGAACUGCCAUGGCAUGGGAGGAAACCAGGUAAGUAUAACUGCCAUGGCAUGGGAGGAAACCAGGUAAGUAUAACUGCCAUGGCAUGGGAGGCAACCAGGUAACUAGAACUCUAUAACUGAUCAACUGAGGAGAGGACAACAAUAAUAUGAUCACCUUUAGUGUUUAUCAUAGUGACAAACAUUAACCUGAGCAACCUGUCAACCUGAGCAACUUCUCUGACCUCAGAGGAGGGAGAUACAAUGACAGAUACAAUGUAAAUGAGAGAGAGCGAGAGAGACAGGGAGAAGGAGAGAGAGAAGGUAUCUUGUCUUCCCCUCUGACCGUGUGUCGUCCCCUGCAGGUGUUUAGCUACACGGCCAAUAAAGAGAUCAGGACAGAUGACCUGUGUCUAGACGUGUCCAAACUCAACGGUCCUGUCAUGAUGCUCAAGUGUCACCACCUCAAAGGAAACCAGCUCUGGGAGUAUGACCCCAUGGUACGUCUGUCUGUCUGUCAACAGUAAACAAAAACAAAACAAACAAAAAAUACUAAUACCCUAUCCUUUCACUUGUCUUUUCUUACUAGCACUGACUUUGCUGAUAGCUGCUUUAUUGAGGAAAAGUUUGACUUACUACAUUUUAUGACUGUGCUGGUUGUUGUUUUACCUAGCUACCUUAAAGUAACUGUCCAGUGUUUCCAGAUUUCUAUGAAAUAUGACAUAUAAUUAAUUACAAUAUGAGUGAAAUAUAUAUUUUUCUUUUACAAAAAAAAGAAAAAAAGAUAAGUGUGUUAAAAAGCAGCUUUUCUGUGUUGGAAUGGUGCGGGCGUAUACUAGGGAUAAAAAAUAUUCACGCGAGUAGAUCGCUGAUUGGCUAGCGCAUCAUCAUCAUCAUCUAUGAGGAAAUGGCAAGCAUUUAUUGUCUUUUUGACAUACAAGUUUUAGGUGGGGUUUUUUAAGUGUUUUUUUCUCCAUUUUAUGCUUUGGCCACAUACGAAUAUAGAAUGAGUCAACAACAUUAUUUGGGUAUGAGUUAACCUCUACAGGAUCGGUGUCCCGUGUACGGGACGGUUGAGCUAAUGUGCGCUAAUGUGAUUAGCAUGACUUUUGUAAGUAACAGCAAACUUUCCAGGACAUAGACAUGUCUUAAAUGGGCAGAAAGCUUAAAUUCUUGUUAGUCUAACUGCACUGUCCAAUUUACAGUAGCUAUUACAGUGGAAAAAAUACCAUGCUAUUGUUUGAGGAGAGUGCACAACAACAAAAAACGUAUCACGGCAACUGGUUUAAUACAUUCACCUCUGAAGGUAAAUAAUGUACUUACAUUCAGUAAUCUUGCUCUGAUUUGUCAUCCUGAGGGUCCCAGAGAAAGAAUGUAGCAUAGUUUUGUUUGAUAAAAUCAAUUUUUAUAUUCAAAUGUAGGAACUGGGUUCUACAGUUUGAACCCCUGCUGUCUCUGGCACUACACCCACCCAGCCCAGCCAUCUAGAUGUGUGAAAGUUAGUGUAUAAGCUAAUGAUCCAUCAUGUAUGACAUUCCUGGGUGUGUAAACUUACAUUUGUUUUACCAUAUAAUUUUUGCAUGUUCUCUAUAGUUAUGUACUUGAAAAUGUGUCAAUUGACUAUUCACAUUUGGGCAGACAAAAUAGUCCAGUAUUGCAAUGCUUCACUGGAUCAAUCUGAAACUUUGCACACACACUGCUGCCAUCUAGUGGCCAAAAUCUAAAUUGUGCCUAAACUGCAAUAUUAUAUUGUGGCCUGUCUCUUGCAUGGAACAAAAAUGGAACAAAAAAAACAAUAAACCCGCAUGUUUUUUUGUUUGUAUUACCUUUUACCAGAUCUAAUGUGUUGUAUUAUCCUACAUUAAUUACACAUUUCCACAAACUUCAAAGUGUUUCCUUUCAAAUGGUAUCAAGAAUAUGCAUGUCCUUGCUUCAGGUCCUGAGCUACAGGCAGUUAGAUUUGGGUAUGUCAUUUUAGGUGAAAAUUGGAAAAAGGGGUCCGAUCCUUAAGAGGUUAACAGAAUAUUCACUUUUAAAAGUGAUAUUUUCACUGGACAGUUACUUUAAGAUGAAUGCACUUUUAAACUGUAAGUUGCUCUGGGUAAGAACGUAGCUAAAAUGACUAAAAUAUAACAAAUUAAAUGUUUCUCUGUCUGUUGUCUCUGUAGAAGUUGACCCAGGUCUGUUUCUCUGUCUGUUGUCUCUGUAGAAGUUGACCCAGGUCUGUUUCUCUGUCUGUUGUCUCUGUAGAAGUUGACCCUGAUCCACGUCAACAGUAACCAGUGUCUGGACAAGGCCAGUGAGGAGGACAGCCAGGUGCCCAGCGUCAGAGACUGCACACACACUCGCUCUCAACAGUGGCUGCUGCGCAACGUCACGCUGCCUGAGAUCUUCUGACCGCCGUCCACAUACACACUGACGGAGAGAGAGCGAGAGGGGGAAGAAGGGACAGAGUCCACACUGAAUGGGAUGAAGCAGGCUAUCUCUGGACCCUUCUAUGGCGGCUAGGAGAGAGGGAACGUGUUUGGACUCACUGGAGGAGAGACUCAUGCUUUUAAAGAGAGACUGGUGAUGUUUUAAAGAGAAAGAGAGAGACCUGCUCCUGGAGAGACAUGUUGUUAAAGAGAGAGAGAGAGACUCACAGAGAGACACAAGGUUCUGUGUUGCUCACACCUUCCAUGGACAAGGCAGUCUCCCCAAUGCUGCAAACUCAUCACUUAUGUUUACCUGACUGCCUGUAAUGAAUGUGUGUGUGUUUAUAGGUUGGGGGCGUGAACGUGUGUGUGUGUGUGUGU